AUGUCCAAUAUCCUAGAGCGGCAGAACGACGAGAAUCAAUUUGAGCGCGACACAGUUACCGGACGCUAUAUCCAGAAGCAGUCUAUUCCUAAGUGGCUGGUGAAGGCAGUUGGCGCGAAUGCGACGGUAUUGAUCUGGGGCAAACGUGGUAUGUUCGGUAAACUGUGUUACAAGACUCCACAGAACCUGGUGGACAACGCGAGGAAGCGACGGCAACGGGCCCUUCUCAAGAGUCAGGCCCACAAGGUGAAGAGCCGUCCUCCGCCCCCCGUCGUGUCCAAGGCCAAGCGCAGCGCCGGAAAGAAGCGGCCCAACUCGCUACCAACCCCCGAGGUGUUCACCCGCUCGUCCCUUGCGGCCCGUGCUAUCGCUGGGCUGCAGACGAGCGGCGAACACCACCACGCCUCCCCGACCGAAUGCCAUGCUUGGGGCGCGACGGCACCACCUACUCGCGGUCGACGCCCAGAGCAGAUGCCCUACUCGCGCGACAGCGCGCUCAUCUACCGGCAUGAGCCUGCUUAUUACCCGCACGCCACCCCACAGGGUCCGUUCGCCGGGCACCCUCCCUUCCGCCCCAUCCCCAGUGCCGCUCCUCGCGAAGCGUACACGCCGCUCCCCAAUCGGCCCACACAAGCUGGGUUCGCUGGCACGGACUACGCUGGGUGCGUCUUCGCACAGGCCGCUGCUGGCCGCCUCGUGCCUCCACCUCAAGUGGCGCAGCCCAACGCCUUCGUGGCGCAGGCGGGCGAGCCACUCGUCAACUGGUACGGGGCUUCCACCGUUUGCCCCUGCAGCGCCCUCUCGUACUCCACUCGCGAGCGUUACACCGGAGUCGCUGUGAGCUCCCCACUAGGGCCGUCCACGCUCGCGCUGGAGCAGGUUCCCAAUUCGGACGACGAGUUGUUCGACCUGAAAGCGUUGGAAGACAGCAUGGCAUCGAGCUCGCUGUCGGACGCUCUCGUCGACCACCACGCUGCUCCUGUGUACACGGGGCAUGUUCGUACUGAUGACGCGCUGCCUGGGUCGUACACCGGCGCUGUGUCGAUCGGAGUGAGUGGAUGGACGGGCUCACCUGAGGCUACCGUCUACUACGCGAAUCCCGGAGCGCAUAGCACGAUUGGGGUCGAGCCAACGCUCAACGCCAUGUAUGCCGCGUCAAUCGUCGGCGCGACUGUCGACACCUUCCCGGGGAUCCCAUCGAUCGUUCCUCUCACGAGCCAGAUGGAGAUUGAUCCCACCUUCUCCGGCUGCUUCGACGAGUGCGAACCCUUGUGGUUGCCCUCGUCGACGUCCAACAACUCCUUCGGCGUCCACGACACCGUGGAACAGUGGGUCGAUGGCACGUACCUCGCGUCGUCGCCGUCCUCCCACUACCCGCAACCUGAACUGGCCUUCCCCUUCACUGGAGCUGGCAGUUGGCUACAAUAG